AUGUCUGCAAAUAAUGAAGCAGAAGCUAAAAGGCUACAUGAAGCCAUGAUCUCCAAACCUGAAAAUACAUUGUUCACCGAACCUGAACUAAAGCAAAUUGCAGGUGUCGAAACUGCUGCUGAUUUGAUGGUUAUAGUUCAAGUUCUUUUGAAUCAAAGUCUUGUCAAACUGGUAAAGCAAAAUGGUGAACUUAGGUUUCAAGCAGUCGAGAUACAAGAGGCAGCUAAAAGAGCUAACAUGAACUCAGAUGAAUCCAUAAUUUACUCAUAUAUUGAAGCUUCAGGAAGAGAAGGUAUAUGGACGAAAACAAUCAAAGCACGUACGAAUCUCCAUCAACAUGUUGUUCUGAGAAGUCUUAAAUCUCUAGAAAGUCAAAGAUUCAUUAAAAGUGUCAAGUCUGUCAAAUUCCCUACUAGAAAGAUCUACAUGUUGUAUCAUUUAACCCCAUCUAUUGAAGUUACAGGGGGUCCUUGGUUUACUGACGGUGAAUUGGAUUCAGAAUUUGUUGAUAGUUUACUGACUAUUAUAUGGAGAUUCGUCACAAAUAAAACUUUUCCAAAUGUUUUUAGUAAUAAUUCAAACCUAAAAGAGAACCAAUUAUAUUCAGCCAACUAUAAAAAUUACUCAACGGUGGAGGAAAUUUUAGCAUUUAUUAUGAAAAGUCAAGUUACAUCAGAGGAAUUAAUUGAAAAUGAUAUUAGAUCCUUGUGUCAAGUAUUAGUUUAUGAUGAUAAACUAGAAAAAGUGAAUUUAGAUUGUUACAAAUCUACAUAUCAGAGUAUAGUUGACUUGAAAGAAGAAAGAUUGGAUGAGACUUACUCUAUAUUUGAUGCUGCUAGUUUUGUUGCUCCUUCUCAAAGUGAAGAUACAGAGAACGUUUAUUUUGAUGAAUAUACCAUAUGA